AUGGUGGUGGCUACGAUAAAGUGCGUGGUUGUGGGCGAUGGUGCUGUCGGCAAGACAUGUCUGCUCAUAAGUUACACCACCAACAAAUUUCCGUCGGAAUAUGUACCAACGGUCUUCGACAACUAUGCGGUCACGGUAAUGAUCGGUGACGAGCCUUACACCCUUGGUCUCUUCGAUACCGCUGGACAGGAAGAUUACGAUCGUCUACGACCCCUCUCCUACCCACAAACAGAUGUCUUCCUCGUCUGCUUCUCCGUCACCUCUCCGGCAUCAUUUGAAAACGUGCGAGAAAAGUGGUUCCCUGAAGUGCACCACCACUGCCCGGGUGUCCCAUGUCUGAUCGUCGGCACGCAAACCGAUCUUAGAGACGACACCAACGUUCGGGAUAAGCUCGCCAAACAGAAGAUGUCGCCCGUGAGGAAAGAAGACGGCGAAAAGAUGGCCAAGGAACUUGGUGCUGUCAAGUAUGUUGAGUGCUCCGCAUUGACACAGUUCAAGCUCAAGGAUGUCUUUGACGAGGCAAUUGUUGCCGCACUUGAGCCACCGCAGGUUAAGAAGCCUAAGCGAAAGGGCAAGGGCUGCGUGCUUCUAUAG